ACGCUGAGCAGGUCUUUGCGAAAUCCCCCGACUCCCGCAAUCCCACCGUGCGUACUCGCUUCUUGACGUCAGAGUAUGUCCCCCCGCGGGAUAUAAUCGAGCGUCCGACCCCUUCGUGGUCAUUCGACGUCUGUGCUCUUCGGGGUUUAGUGUUAGUGUUGUCUGCUGCCAACGUACCGGAUCUCGCUGAAGAGAUGGAUGUCAUCAACUCCACAGUUUCGACCCUGACCUCAGGUCACUCCCACUUCGGUCUGGUCGAGUACUCCAUUUUCGCCAGCCUGCUGGCCCUCUCCGCCCUCAUCGGUCUGUACAUCGGCUGCUUCCAGCGGCAGAACACGGUCUCAGACUACCUCCUGGGAGGCAAGAAGAUGGGGAUCAUACCAGUCGCCUUGUCAAACGUCGCAAGCCAUGUAUCAGGAAUCACUUUGCUAGGAGUUCCUGCCGAGAUAUACCUCUUUGGCACCCAGUAUUACGUCAUAGCCUUCAGCAUAAUAGGAGUCACCUUUAUGAUAAUCUAUUGCUACCUCCCAGUAUUUCAUCCGCUGCAACUCAAUUCUGCCUUUCAGUACCUAGAAAUGAGGUUUAACUCCAAAGUCCGCACACUGGGGUCCUUCAUAUUCGCCGUAUCCUUGAUUGUCUACAUACCAAUAGUGAUUUACGUUCCAUCCCUAGCGUUUAACCAAGUUACUGGAGCCUCGGUCCACGUGAUAGCCCCCAUCAUUUGUAUCGUCUGCAUUUUCUAUACAACUCUGGGAGGCCUUAAAGCGGUUGUAUGGACAGAUGCUCUUCAGAGUGUCUUCAUUGCGGUGUCCAUAAUCUCUGUCACCAUCCUCGGCGUCCGGGACGUUGGCGGCUUCAAUGAGGUCUUCAGAAUUGCAGAAGCAGGCCACAGGUUGGAGCUGUUCAACUUCAACCCCGACCCUCUUGCUCGCAACACCUUCUGGACCGUCUUCGCUGGCACUCACUUCUUUUGGCUCUCGAACUUUGCCGUCAACCCCGGUGCCACCCAGAAGUUCAUCUGUGUACCUACCCUUAGAGGCGCCAAGAUAGUCAUGAUGAUCACCUGUGUCUGCAUUAUUGGCGUCACGAGCUUGACCUCUUUCAUUGGCCUUCUGAUGUACGCUAAGUACCACGAUUGCGAUCCCAUCACUUCCAAGGUUAUCGAGAAAUCAGGCCAGAUGUUGCCAUACUACGUCAUGGAGGUCGCCAAAAACGUUCCCGGGCUUUCUGGUCUGUUCAUUUCUGGGGUGGUCAGCGCCGCCUUGAGCACGAUGUCCGCAAGUCUGAACACUGUAGCCGGAACCCUCUACGAAGACUUCGUCGCCCCCUUCUACAAGAAAUCGCCCAAGAGCGACGCUACCGCCUCUUUAGUCAUGAAGGCCAUCGUUCUGGUCGUUGGCACCUGCUGCGUGCUGCUCAUCUUCAUCGUUGAAAAGUUAGGAGGCAUCAUGCAGAUGGCGAUCAGUGUGACUAGUAUCACCCACGGCGCCAUGAUCUACAUCUUCUCGGUCGGAAUCUUCUUCCCAUGGGUGAAUUCAAAGGGUGCACUGUGGGGAGCAGUGGCUAGUCUGGUGUCUAUGACCUGGGUCGUGGCAGGAUCCCAAUACUACAUGGUGGCUGGACAGCUACAAUUUCCCAGCAAGAUCCUUAGUGUUGACCAAUGUUUAGUUGGCAGCAAUGUCUUGAAUACCACAGUUGCGUCCUCUUACGCUGGCAUCGGUUCUCCAGUGAUAGCUGAAGGUGUACCUCCGCUUUACCAACUGUCCUAUAUGUACUUCUCCGGCCUGGGAGCUCUAGUGGGGUUGUUGGUAGGCCUGACUGUCACCUGUCUCACUCAAUCUCAGCCUCUGGAAUUGCUCGAUCCACGCCUCAUCACACCCUGCAUGAGACGCUUCCUACCUGCCCCUGCUCCAGCUCCAGAGGAGCUGAAGCUGAUCCAGGAAAAGAACUCUGUGAAGAUUGUGAUUAACGGUGUUUAGUUCAGUAGAAACAUGUUGCAAGAGAACUCCAGGACAGAUCCUUGAUGAAGGUUUACUAGUCAAAACAAUAUUGGACUCACUAGGAAAUGUCAACAGGAUUCAUCCAGUCAAACGUUCUUUGAAUCCCAAGACAAACUCCUGCAAAGACUCUUUUCCAAAUCUACGUCUUCAAAAGCCUUUAAAUCCAAGACAAUUUUAUAAACAAAUCACAAUUUUAAGAGUAUCGUUAAAUUUUAAUUCUUUAUCAUUUAUUGAAGGACCACGACAAAACCUGAGAGAGUUUUAAAGACUGGAUUUUAUAUUAGAAAUAAUAUUAUUAGAAUUGAUUAUCAAGUCUGACAAAGAUCGUUGGUGCUAUUGUUGUAGUGCUAUUGUUGACUAGAGUACAUCGAAGUAGGUAGCUACAUUAUUGUGCGACUACAUUAUAAUAAUUUAGUGAAUAUAUUCCAAGUUAUUCUCUGUUUGGCCAUUCAAAGGCUGGAGAUGAACUAAUCAAGAGCUGUGAUCUUAUUUAAUAUUUUAAUAUAACAACAUGUAAAUAUUUGUAUUUUUACUAAUAAAACUAGGUUAACAACUUUGAAAAGUUGCUAGAAAUAAGACAUGAAUUGUUGACUAUUUUUAAUAAAAUAUAGAAAAUAAAUGUUUUUAUAGAUA